AUGCAUCGAACACGUCAUUCAUCGCUUGAUUAUGUAGACAAGAAGAUCUCUUCACAAGAAGAAUGGUCGGAAUUUUUAUCGACAAGUAUGAUGGCCUUAUCUACCGCUGAUUCGGAAACUUCACCGCCUCCUUGUACGAUGACAUCGCCUACACGCCGUCGUCAUCAUGAGUCAAGUGAUAUUUCUAGUGGUCGUCGUGUUGGGAAACCUCGUGGGAUGUCAAUGAACGAGACCGUGUCACCUUUAAGAGACGCCUGGCGUCCAUUGGGUCGACGUAUUGCAUCUCCUUCUCCACCUCCAACGCUCACACGCUCGUCUUCAAGCUCAUUGGAAUCGACAUCGUCAUUGGAGAAUCAAACACAAUCUCAUCAAGCUCAUACGAGUGUCAUCUCGACAACUUUUGGACAUGGAGAGAGCAAUCCGUCACUUAUAAAGACAACGGACAUGAAGCUUCAAAAUGCCGUUAAUUUUGGAAUGGGGGGUGCAUGUCUAUCGUCCUCUAGCUCAUCAUCCUAUGACUCGUCGUCAGUAGAUGAGGAACGACAGGAAGGAGCUAUGGGUUUAGUCGUGGCUGCAUCAUCAUCUAUGGACUCGUCCUAUGCGGACUCUUGUCUUCCGAUGCUUGCAGAACUACCUCGUCCUCCGAGAAGUAUCAGUGUGGACAGUGGUAAUGAAAAUCGAACGAGUUCGCUCGUACAUGUCAAGUCACCGGUCCUUGGGAACAGGAAAGAUGCUCAGACGUGGCAAUUGCAGGAUGAAGAAUUUUUCAUGACGUCUCCACGUUUUGGAACGUCAUUAGGCAACAGAGAAAGAGGACACCUCGAUCUUUUUCGUGACAAUACUGGUGGCUCGUUGCUCGCUGCUGAGGCUGAUAACCGGUAUGACGACGAGUAUCAGGUCCACCCUAGAUUGACCAAGGAUUCGCGCGCCUCAUCGGUGGAUUUCACGAUGGUUCACUCGCAUGAGGUCAGCCCGCCGUUACCUCCACCGCAGGAACCGCUGCAACGAUUGCGUGCGCGGUCUUUUUCGUACUCGGCGGCGUAUGGUACCACCGGAUAUAGUCCGUUCAAUAAACAGCAAUAUGGGCCCCCAUUUCCACAUCAGCCACACCUGCAACAGCUGCAGCAUGCGAUGGCGCGAGACUUCCAGCCAAAACUUCGCUGCUUUCAUUCUGGGGGUGUCAUGAUGCAAUCCGGGCAACCACAACCACCGCCUAGUGGUGUUCGUCCUCCGCGUGUCAGCAUUCCUACGGAUUCUCCCAUGCACCAAUACCAGUACGGACCACCGAUGCCGUAUCGUCGGUACUCCGAUGCGUUUGCAAUGCCACCUUACCCGGAUUCGGACACUGUUGAACACCAGGGUAACCAAUCGCCACAGAGCAACAUGGGUCGCGGAAUGCGCUCAUACAGCGUGGAGUACAGCAACUACCCGUCAUCGCGCCAAGCUCGUAGUCAAUCAAUGGAAGGUUCUCAGCUUUUUCCGUCCGCACCUCCAAUGGAAUAUCCUCCGUCAUUGAGUCGCAGCAACUCGGCCGAUGUCGCCUUUAAUUGGUCACGUGGACACAUGGAUUUGGCGCCCCCGCUACCUCCAGACGUACGACCUGUAAGUGGUGCUGCCCACUUCCCACCUCCGCCACCUGAGGCGUACUACUACGUGGAGUUUAAGCGAGGGCGACGGGAAGUGUUUGCUGGCCGUGCGGCGCACAAAGCUGGUGAAUACGUGAAGGUGGAAGCAGACCGGGGGGAAGACAUUGGUCGUAUCGUGCAACGCGCCACAGAUGUCUCUAAGGUUGGUGUAUGUAAAGAGUCUGGUAGUCCAGGGGAGGAGUCCACAGGGCGUAGCAAGCGUCAUGAAUUGCCGACAAAGAAGAUCAUUUGUGUGGCAAGCCAGCGUGAGUUUGAUAUGUUGAAUGAACAGCGUAAAGAAGAGCACGAGGUAUUUGAAGUGUGCAAAACCAAAGUGCGUCAGCGCCUGCUUCCUAUGAAUGUGAUUGACGCGGAAUAUCAGUUCGACCGUCACAAGCUGACAUUUUUUUUCGAAGCUGAUCGUCGUAUUGACUUCAGAGAGCUCGUUCGCGACCUCUUUGCUAUCUACAAGACGCGCAUCUGGUUGCAACAGGUCGUCCCGUCAGGGAAGAAGAUGGGGAGUGACCCCGAGGCAAAUUAA